UACCAUCAUGCAUCUUCUACGGCAGCUUUUGAUUUGCACAAACUGUCUUCUGCUUACUCUGACUGCCAUUUUUGUCUCAAUUGUCGGAUUCUUAAUAUUCUCCAGUCGCGAGGAACUAGAUUGGAUUGCCUCACCAUCCACACAGAACUACCUGGUGUACAUUCUAGUAGGGUUCAUCUUACUCGUUGUUCUCACUGCCUUUUUCGGUUUCGUCGGAUCCCUCAAGUCGAGCAAACAAUGCAUGUUUCUCUACAUUUCGUUCCUGGCUAUGGCGAUUACGUUCGAACUGGCGACAGGAGCGGUGCUCUUCCGAUAUUACACGAAAGGCGAGCUCCGAAAUGUCGGCGAAGAGCUCAUGUUUCAGUCAAUGGAGAAGUAUACCAAGGACAAGACUGUACGAACUUUGUGGAAUGGGUACCAGUCUAAAAUGGAAUGUUGUGGAGUCACUGGAUUCAUGAACUGGUGGAAGUAUACUGUGAAACCUCCGAUGUCAUGCUGCAGAAAGCACUCCGAGUUCGGAGAGAUAUGCGGCGCACAAGGAUGGUACAUGACUGGAUGUCUGGACGCCACUAUGGGUGCGAUCGAUGGCCAGGUGUUGGUUCUGCAGAUCUCAUAUUUCACUCUUCUCGUAACACAUGUCGUACAGAUGAUGAUCGCUUGCUGUGUUUUGAAAGCGAUCAACCACGACACGGAAUAUGUGUAGAAGAUUACAAUUUACAUUAGUGCAAUAUAUAAAGACAACCAAAAUGCAAUAUUUGAGUUUUUGUAAAAAAAAAUAUUAGAAACUCACUCGAGAUUUGAAAUUUUGUUUAUAUAUAUAUUGAGUUUAUAUGGCACUUUAUCCUACGAGAAUAUGAAAUCGACCUCUGAGUCAUAUUUUUUCAGCAUCUGUGUAUCGAGGAAAUAUCAUCUUAAACACGAGUCGAGCUCAUGUUCUCAAUGAACUAAGUGUUGAAGCAUAAAUGUUUGUUAAACUUUAUAAAGAGGUAUAAUAGUUUAGUUCUAAGUUGAUAAAUAUGCUAGCUAGAGUACUGACAAUUUCUUCAAUCAACUGAUAACAAUUACUACCAGUGAUGAUGUAACUUAAACUGUGCCACAUAAUCUGAUAUAUCGCUGAAACUAGAAUCGGGGCAUGCUUCGUGUAAAUUCAACAAUAGUGGACGAUGCUGGAAAUGGAGUUUCAAUUACUAACAAUAACAUGCAAUAAGGCAAAAAAUGUCAAAGACUAAUAGAUGAAGUGGAAAAUAAAGUCAUUUAUAAUUAUUUUUGUAAAAUAGUGUCGUGCGCGUUGAGCUUAAUCAAAUUUCGUGUUUGCCCUAGUGAUUAUUAGUGAUUCAGCAUUAGUAAUUCCUUGUAACGAGUAAUUCCUUUUUGUCAAUUUUUGCCAAUCCACUUUUGUGAAUGGCUGCAAAAGGUCGGAAUGCAUUUGGUGGUUCAUUCAAACCGGAAUCUGUGUCCGCCAAAUUCACUUUUAAUCGUAAAUGUGUAAUUAAAGUCUUACAUUACAAUGCAACCAUAGCUAUGGUCAAUUUUCGAAAUCGAGGAGAGUUACUCAACAGGAUUGCGUGCAGUUGGUGAAAUCAGUUUGGUAUCAAGUGCUAAGGACGAAUUGAACCAUCAAAUAAUCAGAUAGUUUUCUUAAA